CCCUGACAGCCUAGUUUCAUAAUGGCUAGUUGUGGCGCUGCAUUACUUCCUGUUCUUUUUUUUCUUUUUUUUUCUACUUGUUCCUGUCUACGGCGCCAUUUUGAGAAGCCAUGUUAUGACAAUUGACAUUUAUUUGAAUUUUUGAUACGAUACCUACCUUCUACUAUAUAGUCUUUAAAGUGUUCUACUGUAAAUAAGUGCUAAAUUUGCCAUGGGACUAUCAAAGUGUUGUGUCGGUGGUUGCACCGCAACCAAUGCGACGAAUCGGCUUUUUUGUUUUCCGCAGAAAUCAGAAUGAUAAUUUCAGGAACCUGUGGAUGUCCUUUCUGGUGCCCACUAAUUAUGUAAAUAGCUGAUAUUUGUACAAAAUGCUCUGAGUGAUCACAAUUAUCACAAAGUGGAAUCAGAUGAGAAUGAAAAUGUUACAGAUAAUAUUAUGUUGGUCAUUGGAAGGGCAGGUGAUGAUUAUCAUGAACAUCCAUCAUGCAUUACAGCUAUUCCAGUUGUUAUGAAAAGACCUACAGAUAACAUUCACGCGGGCAGCAGUAGCAGUGUGGCUACUACAGCAGAAGUUGUGGAGUUCUUCGACGAUUUAUUUGAUAGCGUAAAUUGUUAUCCUGGAGGCGCAACAAAAGGGAAAAUGAGAAAAGCAGUAAAAAUAAACUCUUGCAAAUGCUGCUCUUGCAAAAAAAAUUGCAUGAAGAGCUUUACUAGUAAAUCUACAGAGGAUAAUAUUUAUUCUUACAUGCGCCAAAGAGAAUAUAAACUUUUAAAAAAUAGUAAUUUAGUUUAUCCAAGUUCCAAACUUCUAGUGUUGUACAGGGAAGCAAGUUGUUUAAACAUAAUUAUUUAAACGAUAACUGUAUCCAAAACGAAAUUGGGGCAAAUUUAA